UCUCACACACACACUAAAAACACACACACUUUUGCUUUAUUUUUCUGCAGGCGAGGGGUUAAUUGAUGUCCACACCCUCUUCUUUCACUUAUCCUCUGAUCAACCUCACCUCACCCACCAUUGUUUCUUUCAACUUGUUAUUUUGUUCUUAAUCUAUCGGUGUAUUCAUACAUCUACGAUUACUGACACUGACCUGCUUCUGCUACUCUAUUCCUGGUGUAAUUUUACAAGAAUCUGGUGGAGUUAAUCGAGAAAAGAUCAGAGAAAAUAUGGAGUUCGAUGAACACGAGGAGCAAGAAGAGGAGGUUGGGAUUCAGCUGCCGCCGGGAAAUUAUGAUGCGAUUGGGAAUUCCGGGAGGGGGAGGGAAGUGAGGAAGAGCGGUGGCGGUGGUGGGUAUAGGUAUAGGGAGUGUUUGAAGAAUCAUGCUGUAGGCAUUGGUGGUCAUGCGGUGGAUGGAUGUGGUGAGUUUAUGGCGGCCGGAGAUGAAGGUACCUUGGAUGCGCUUAAAUGCGCCGCCUGUAAUUGUCACCGGAACUUCCAUCGUAAGGAGCUUGAAGGCCAACAACGACAUCAGCAGCAGCAACAACAGCAUCAAUAUUUGACAGCAACGCCGUACUACCACCACCACCACCAACGACCGACCGGAUACUUGCACAUGACGCCGGCUCCGUCGUCUCACCACCAACGUCCGCUAGCUCUGCCUUCUACAUCCCGAGAAGAUCUGGAAGAGAUCUCAAACCCUAGCUCAAGUGGAGGCGGUGGCGGAGGCGGUGUCGGUGGUGGAAGCGGUUCCAGAAAACGAUUCCGCACGAAAUUCACACAGGAUCAGAAGGACCGGAUGCUGGCGUUCUCGGAGACGUUAGGGUGGCGGAUCCAGAAACAAGAUGAGGCCGCCGUACAACAAUUCUGCGCGGAGACCGGCGUCAAACGCCAUGUUCUCAAGGUCUGGAUGCACAAUAACAAGCACACCAUCGAUAUCAUGAAUCGCUCAAAAUCAAAAGAAAUUUAAUGCUCUGAGAGAGAGAAAAGAGAUGUGAUGACGAUGAUACCAGUAGAAGAAUCAGGAAGACGUGUUAGACAUGCAGAGCUACCUUCUGUCACCUUCUCCUUGAUUUCGUUAGCCUCCAUUUUUAGCUUUUCUUUUAA